CCCCGCCUCCCUGCCCAGCAGCUUCCGCCUCCUCCCAGCGCUGCUCAGGCCGGUCAGUCGGGAAAUGCCCGGGCCGCUGGCGGCUCGCUGAGCGACCCCCAGGGGCUGCAGCGCCGAGCCCGGACCGCCACUGCCCCCGCGCCGCCAUGAGUAAGCUCGGCAAGCUGUUCAAGGGCGGCGGCCCCGGGCGCGCCAAGGGGCGCGCGGGCCCCACGCCGCAGGAGGCCUUAGCCCGGCUGCGGGAGACCGAGGAGAUGCUCACCAAGAAGCAGGAGUAUCUGGAGACCAGGAUCCAGAGGGAGCUGGCCGCGGCCAAGCAGCACGGCACCAGGAAUAAGCGAGCUGCAUUGCAAGCCCUGAAGAGAAAAAAGAGGUAUGAGAAACAGUUGAGCCAAAUUGAUGGGACGCUCUCCACCAUUGAGUUCCAGCGGGAAGCGUUGGAAAAUUCCCACACCAACACAGAAGUGUUCAAGAAUAUGGGCUAUGCUGCACAAGCAAUGAAAAAAGUGCAUGAAAAUAUGGACCUAGACAAAAUUGAUUCUCUGAUGGACGAUAUCACUGAACAGCAAGCAGUUGCCCAGGAGAUCUCAGAAGCUAUUUCAAACCGAGUUGGGUUUGGUGAUGAGUUUGAUGAGGAUGAGUUGAUGGCGGAACUGGAGGAAUUGGAGCAAGAAGAACUGAAUAAGAAAAUGACGGAUGUCAGAUUGCCAAGUGUCCCAUCCACAUCGCUGCCUUCCCGCCCUGCAUCCUCCAGGAAGAAAGUGGAAGAUGAAGAUGAUAUGAAGCAGCUGGCGGCUUGGGCUUCGUAACAUCAGACUGCAGUGUUUAGAACAACAGGUUUCUUACAACACACAUGUAAAGAGUUGCAAUAACGUUUUGUAUGCUUAACAAGUCAGACCCAAUUUGAUCACUUGUUUUACUUUUGGUAGGGCCAAAUGAUCUUAAAAAAUAAUAAUAAUAAUUACUUAACUUCAAUACUAUUUUUAAAUGUUUUGUUUUUUUAAAAGAGAUUUUCAGGACUUGGCCAAUCUUGUAUCAUUUUUACAGUGAAAAAUUCAGAUGGAAUUUUUAUUAAAAAAUAACUUUUACUGGGUGGAGCCUUACUACAGAGUAUUUUUGUGAGAGACUAAGGCCCUAUGUACACACAUGACCAAAUUCACUGCUGGAGUGAAUGUUUGAAAUGUAGUAACGUCAUAAAGGCUUACAAGCAGUCAGUUUGGUUCAGAGUAUUUGAAAGCUACCAUAAGCUGCUCUGAGCACAUGGACCUAAUGGGGCUGCAUAUGGACACAGAGAUCACCCACCCAGAGCAUCUUGCAGUAUCAGGGUGCCAAAUUGUAAGCUCCUUGGGGCAGAAUCUUCUAUGGAAGGCUUUGGGAUUUUCUGUGUUAUCUGCCCCCCCCCCUCGUAAAUCACCAUAUACACCUAUAUAAUUAGUUAUAAUCAAGGUUUAAAAUCAGUUCAGGCUCAUUCAGUGAAAAUAGUUUGGCUCUCAAGUGUGACUAGGGGAAAACCAGAGUGUAGAAUUAGUUUUAAUCUAGGUCCCUACCAAUUUAAAACUGAUUCCGCUAAUUCUGUUAAAGACCGAGAGGAGUUGUGGCCUAACUACUGCUUAUAUGCCUCCCAACUUAACUUUUCCAGGAUGAGUCUUAACUUCAUAUUACAGAUUGUUAAAAGAAGUCCUAGUGGGACUUGUAAUGCUGUAAUUUCAAAAUAACAUUGGUUUCCAAGCAUUCAGUUCCUGUACUGAGACUUGAAUGGAAAUUGUAUUGAAGUGUUAAUGUUUGAAGUUUCUUAACUUCUUUUUUUCACUUCUUGGAAUGUGAGUGAUUUAUUUGUGAUGUUCAUGUACAGUAUUGCACAACUGAUUAUUUUUAGUCUAAAGUGCUGAAGUACUGUGUAUGCAGAGAAAUCAGAACAAGCAAAAUUAAACGUGCUUUUCUGUCAAAGUGAAUUUUGAUGUUAUCUGAGACCUUCUGACUUAGUAACCCACUGCCAUCCGUAGUGAAAUGGUGAAACACUUACAUUGGGGGUUUUUCUAGAGUACUGGAAAUCAAAGUAGUACUGAUCUGGGUUUCUAGUUUUAAAAAUUAUAAUUGAUAAUCAGGCCAGCCAGGAAACAGUGGACAACGGGGGUUCUUUAUCCUUGUAGCAACAGCAGAUUAACCACUUAAGACUCUGUGCUAAGCACUUUGGCCUCACACCAGCAAAUGACUUCAGUCACCAUUCUUCUGUACUUAAUGUUAAGCAUGUGCUUAGGUGUGUGUUACUGAAUAAAGGCCAGAGUGCUCAACAUCUUGCUGGGUUGAGCCCUGUUAAUGGAAUGGAGUGGAUUCUGAAAUAAGACUGGCUGGAUUCUCCUCUUUCUUACACUAGUACAGAACUAUUGUAACUUUAUUCACUUCACUGCAGUUACUUUUGGUCUAUGUAGGUAUGAAUGGAGAAUCAGGUUGUGUACUAGGCUAAGCAGCUAAGAGACCUGUUAGGCCUAGUCUCGGCUAAAGGGAAAAGUCAAUCUAAGCUAUGCAAUUUGAGUUACGUGAAUAGCAUAAUUCAAAUCGACGUAGCUUAGAUCUACUUACUGCAGGGUCCAUGCUACGCAAUAUCAGCGAGAGAUGCUCUCCCGUCGACUCCCCUUACUCUUAUCGAUCAGGUGGAGUACAGGAGUCAACGGGAGAGCGACUGGUGGACUGCCGAUGCAUUGAUUGCCACAGCGUCUAUCCUCCGGUAAGUGUAGACAAGCCCUUAGAGAAAACCAGGUGCAUGUGCAACUCUGUUCCAGAGCUAGGAGGCACCAGAAUGGAUCUCUUUCUGGAGCAAGAAAAAGAAAGCUGGAACUUCGUAGGUCUCUAUUUUAAAACAGUGUAUUUUAAAUUUAAAAUACAUUAUGGAAACUAAUACAGUAACAGUGUCAUUCAAUUAUAUUGCCUUCUAAAAUGCAAGACAAGAUACUGACGAGAAGCUGCUGGGACUAAGGUGUUUAUUAAAAUAUCGAAUCUUCUGCAUUAUUCAGAUCUGUCUUCUAUGCGUUUGAGAGUCACAUUUUCAAGAUUAAGCAAACUUAUAUAUGUCAAUGUACCUAAGUUAUGGUUAAAUUGGGUAACAGUGAUGGACUACUCAGACACAUAACUGGCCAUGUGCUUGCACAGAUCUGAUCACUGUGCACACCUCUGGCAUUUCUAUACAUAAGUUAGGCAGUGCCAAUAUGUUUACAUGCUUAGUUUGGAAAGACUGGCCCAUAACAUCUGUUUUUUCCUCAAGUUAGUAGUUUUCCAAUACUUAGCACAUAACCUAUUCAAAGUGCUUGACUAACACUAAUUAAAUACAAUGUACAUUUGAUUGUACCUUUUAGAAGUAACCAGAGAUAUUUGUAUUGCUAUUUAAUUUCUCUUGAAAAUAAAGACAUGGUCCCUGCUGGAAA